AUGACGGCAAAGUCCAUUGAAAGCCUUGGCAGACUACAAUGGGCCAUAGCAGUGUGCCCGCUGACCAAGAGCCUUUUGCAACCAUCCUGGGCUUGGAAGAUGGGACUCCUUGCUUUGUUGAUGAAGGAGCUCUUCACCAUCCCAUACCAACACCUCUCCCCUUACUUGCCGAAAUCCCAAUGGUGGGGAUGCAGCGAUGCGAGUGCUGCAGCUGCAGGGGAGGCAUACAUGGGAGGAUGGCUGUCAGAUGCUCAGUCGCCUGCCAAGACCCCAUAUUGCAGGUCCCCACUCUUGGAAAGACAGUACCCUCAGACGAGACCUCACACCGAUCAGACCCCAGAGGCACACACCAGAGUGAGCAAGGCACCGUCAAGUCACUCACCGCCCAACACUCAGGAUACACACAACAGGGACCACGUCAUACAGGUGCCGCUGGCCCUGAGUGCGACAGGUUCACCCAGUGUACCCAAGACCCCCCAGCCGGGAAUGAAAAGAUCACCACCAGCUUCAUCAGAGAAACACAGAGCAAGCAAAGACCUUCGUGCCCUUUCCUUGCUUACUGCUGGCACCCAAGUGAAGGCCAGCACCACCAACACAGCCCCACCAUUCACCCAACCAACUAAGGCAACCACGACAUCGACAUUUCCAAUUUCGAUGGCACAACUGAUGGCAGUGUCCGAUCGCCCUUUGGUGGAACCGCUGGCCCAGGACAUCCACCUCUUGGACGACAUUGUCAUGCUUCACGUUGCCUUCAAAUCCAGGCCGCUCAGAGACAGAGGGGCUGCUGUCACAGGGGAGGCAGAUGUUUACACCAGAGAGAAACGGAAUGUGGUAGUGUCCAUAUGGCAGAAGGUGGCCUCCAAAGUGGACACAUUCAACAUGAAACCAGGCCGUGAACGCAGAGAGGACCUCAACCAUCCUGAUUGGGAUGAACCCAUACUAGACCUCGAAGAGGAACCACGAGAAGGACGGGCAGUAGCAGCUGGAGUGCAAUCUCCAACUGACCGAGACUGCCCUGCCCCAAGGAGUGGUAUCCUCACGGACCAGAACUACGGCAUCAAGCCAAUCCCGAAUCCACCUGCUCAACGGAGAAGGCACGGCCGUUGGAUGUGGAUGGCGACCCAAAAAUCCCGAUGGACACCCGGCAUCCUGCGGAAAUGGCGUGAUGUGCCAGGUCGUCCUUCGGAAAUGGCGGAAAUCAUCGACCUGGCACACCUGGCCAUACCUCCAGAUCAGCAAGAAGACGUGGAAAGGCUCUCCAAGGGACUUUCAGUGCUGCUGGUCUCCAAGCAGAUCCCAUGGCGGGUCAAAGGAGAAAUGGCAAGACAGGGCUACAUCACAGUCGAGGAUCUUGCUGACCGAUGGGACAGCCCAGAGGAAGCACGUAACCAUGGCCCCAGGGAUCUUGACUUCACAGAUGGCAACCAUGGAUUCACGCCACAAUCAUCGGCAUUCACUGCAAUGAGACUCCUCCAAGCGGUCAGAGCUGCAAGGAUGCUUGCCACGAUCCCCGGGACAGUUCACACUCAAGGAACACUGACCCGAAGCACCACACAAGGAGGAUCACCCCUGGAAAUCUCACUGGACAGACGUACCCUGGAGGAGACGUACAUGAAGACCUUCAAGGAGGCCCAGACAGGUGCCACUGGCCCUGAGCGAGCCCCCCUCAACACAGAGGGCUGCAUCAAGAUUCCCCUCCCCGGGGAAGGAGACAAGCAACAGUCCCAGUGCCCACAGAUGCUCGACCAUCUGGAAAUCAAGGCAUACCAGCACUGGGCAAAGACCUUGAGACACCGGCAGGUCAAGUUCGACCAGUGUCAACCAGGUAAGAUUUUGAAAGCCAAGCCUUCCAUGAACAAACAGCUGAGAAACUUCCAGCAUUUUGUAGUCUACAUCCAGUUUCACCUUCUCCCUUGUGCUCAGCAUGCCUUUGCACUGCCUGUUCAAAGACUUAGGUGGUGGCGGACGCAUGAUUUGGACGACGCGGGCAACCUCCACGCGGAUGAAACGCUCCAAUGGGCCAUGUAUGCUGAGGCCUGGGCCCAAGACGAUGGCACCUGCGACGCACAAAGUGGGCAGUGCACCAGCGAUCCGGGCGCGCCACAUGGCGGCGCCCUGGUGGAUUUGAUACUGGCGGAUGACGCAGCGAAAAAGAUGGUCGCCUCCAGCAAUGCCAAGUUGGAGUUGUCUGAGCGUCAGGCCUGCGAUGUGUCACUGCUCAUCAACGGCGGUUUCUCACCUUUGAAAGGCUUCAUGAAGAAAGCCGACUAUGAGUCGGUCGUUUCGAACAUGCGAUUAGCAUCGGGUCAUUUGUUUGGAUUGCCCGUCGUUUUGGACGUGGCCGAUGAGUCCUUGAAGGGCAAGAAAGUUUUGCUGACCUAUGCGGGUACAAACUUAGCUGUCCUGGAGGCUGAGGAGGUCUUCAAACCGGACAAGGUGAAGGAAGCCAAGGCGAGUUAUGGCACCACCUCCACGGAGCAUCCCUCGGUGGCGGAGCUCUUCUCGGAGCUGGGGAAGUUCUACCUGGGAGGCAAACUGCAUGGCCUGACGACGGGCUUCGACGCGGUGUGGGGCAAGGGCUUCAACACCCCGGCGCAGGUGCGCGCCUCGCUGCCGAAGGGCAAACAGGUGGUGGCCUUCCAGAACCGAAAUCCGGUGCACAAGGCGCACUUCGAGCUGCUGGUGCACGCCAACAAGGACGUGGAGAACAGCAUCAUCCUGGUGCAUCCCACCUGUGGUCCCACGCAGCCGGGGGACAUCGAUGGUGCCACACGUAUCAAGACCUAUGAGGUUUUGCAAGAAGAGCCAGAGUACAAGAAGUGGGCGGGCGAGAACUUCCGCUGGUCCUACCUCCCUUAUUCCAUGAAGAUGGCUGGGCCGAGGGAGGCCAUUCAGCACAUGAUCAUCCGGAAGAACUUCGGUGCCACCCACUUCAUCAUCGGCCGCGAUAUGGCGGGCACGAAAAGUACCCUGACCAGCGAGGACUUCUAUGGAGCCUAUGAGGCCCAAGACAUGGGAAAGAAACAUUCCGCGGAACUGAAUGUCAAGGUGGUGGACUACCCCAACAUGGUCUAUGUAGGAGCCGAGGGCAACGAACGAGGUUAUAUGACCGAUGUGGAUGCCAAGGCAAAGGGGUUGAAGAUCAACAAACUUUCAGGGACGGAGUUUCGCAAGCGACUUCGAAGCGGGGAAGAGAUCCCCGAGUGGUUCGCCUUCCCCAAAGUGGUGCAGGUCUUGAGAGAUGGAGGCGACAAGAUCUUCUUGUGA